AUGUCAGCAAUAGAGAUACGAAAAUAUAUCCGAAAUAGAGUUGUGGAUCCGGAAGUAAAAAAAGAUAAAGCUGCCAAAUUCAAAACACGGUUCAUUAACAUGCACCUACAUGUAGCUAUCUGGAGUGAAUCAUGUAUAGGACUAAGUCGCCUUCAAACUGAGGAUUUACUUCUAGCAACCAAAAAAGACGGAAGUUUUUUAGUGCGAGAAAGCGAGAGCAUUCCAGGGGCAUUCACACUUUGUUUAUUAUACCAAAACAAGAUCCAUCAAUACAGAAUUCUGCCUAAUGAUGAAGGUAGACUUGCAAUACAGGCUGAGGAAGGAGUUACAAAGAGGCGGUUUGUUUCAUUAGAACAGUUGAUACAUGAGUAUAUAGGCCGGGGAGAAAACAAUGGGCUUGUGUGUGCACUCACAGAUCCUGUAGAAUUUGAAGGAGAGCAGGACGAUGACUCAGAUGAUGAAGAUAUUGAAGAAAGUCCGAAAGUGAUCAAAUCUGAAAUCAGUCAUGCUGCGUCAAAAUUCAUUAAAGCUGAUGUCCCGUUACCCAUUCCUACAUCACCAGAGGCGCCAUCUAAUGGUCAAACUUAUGAUGUUCCCCCUAAUGCGACAUCAGUUGGACAGACAUAUGAUGUGCCCCCAAGUCCUGUCAGUGUUUAUACAUGCAUUGAGGAUGAAAUAAGUCGUCAUUUUCUGAUGCGUUUUGCCACUCUAGACAUGUCUAGUUGUGAAGGGGAGUUCAUAGAUGUAGUGAGAAAGUACAUUGAGUCAGGUGUACAAGAUGAUGCUACGAGUGCAACUUUAGAUAAAGGACGUCUUGAUAAACUGAGGGAAGUUUUGAAAGAAGCAGCAAAACAGUUAAACCGUGAGGUUGAUACAUUCCUGUACAAAACAGAAGUAAUGAAGAGCUUGUUUGACAACUCCUGGAGCAACCCGGUUAAUCUGGAACGGAUUAUGAUAAAGGCAGAAGAUAAGAAAGAUGACUUGAGUAUUGGUCGCAUUUGUGCCAAACUAGCCAGUUGCUCAAAUGCAGUAAAGUUGCUAGAAAUAAAGGGAAUGAGCACACUUAAAGAGUUGAAGAAGUCUAUGGAAGAAGGAGUCUAUGAGGAAACUAACCCCAGGUCCACAAAAUCUGUCCCCCUUAGGUCCUCCACCAAGAGACCUCACAUCCCUCCCACAAUAUUUGAGGUAAAAAUCAAAGGCAAGACCCAGAGUCACAAGUAUACAUUGACAGUAGAUAUCAUGGCUGGUAAACUAUAUGCUGUUAGACCAUCUAAAGAAGUACUGGACAAUAGUAACCUAUUCACUCAUGAUAAAAUUCUUCAACUUAUAAAAUCAACUUCCAAUAAAUGCAACCUAGAUGUGAUAAUAGAGGGCCGUAAGAAAGACACAUACAUUUUUGAUAGCGUGCGCUCACGGGAAAACUUUUGCCAACUUAUUCAACAGAUGAGACACAUGCAUUCGGCCAGUCAGGAAGUUGACCAGAUCUCCCUUUUCAUAGGAACCUGGAAUUUAGGUGAUACCCCACCUGCCUGGAAAAUAGAAAACUGGUUGCGAUCUCAGGGCUUGGGGAAAACUCGUGAUAAAUCUCUGAGCAACAUGGUCCAUGAUGUGUAUGUAAUAGGCUUCCAAGAGUCCCCUUUGAACAAGGAAGACCUGGCCUCAAAGAUCAAAGGAUAUAUAUGUAACUUACUGGAUGUGGAGCUCCAUGUUGUGACCUCCUGUAGUCUAUGGGGCAUCAAACUUAUUGCUCUUUGUAAACCAGAACAUCUACACAGAAUAUCUCAUAUACAGACAGAUAAUGUGAAAACUGGUAUUGCAAAUGCAUUAGGUAACAAGGGUGCAGUGGGUCUGUCCUUCCAUUUCAAUGGAACCUCAUUCUGCUUUAUCAACAGUCACUUGACUUCUGGGAGUGAGAAAAACCACAGGAGGAACCAAAACUUUCGUGAUAUUCUUAAAGGGUUGAACCUAGGUGGCACUAAAAGUAAAGUGUGUGACAUCACAAAUAGAUUUCAUCAUCUUUUCUGGUUUGGUGAUCUUAAUUACCGUCUGGAGAAUGAAGUUCAGCUGAUUUUAAAACAAGUGAGCAACAAGAACUAUACUAUGUUGCUAAAUGAUGACCAGUUAAAGAAGUCCCAGCACAACAAAGAGGCCUUUAUACACUUUAAUGAGGAGGAAAUCCAGUUCCCACCCACCUACAGGUUUGAGAAGGGUGGCCAAGGUUAUGUUUGGCAGAAAUUUAAGAAAACUGGGGUGAGGAUUAAUGUACCAUCCUGGUGUGAUAGGAUACUUUGGAAGAGUCACCCAGAGACAUACAUACUAAGUACAUCUUAUGGAUGUGCCGAAGACAUUAGUACCAGUGACCAUAAACCAGUUUUUGCCAGUUUUGACAUCGGGCUGGCCCCGGUGUGUGCCUCAUCUCAAACAGAGGCUGGCGAUAAGAGUGUCCAGAUAUACUUUGAAAACGUAGAAACAGAGAUAAAAACCAGUUGUAAACAGACAUUUGUGUUGGAAUUCCACUCUGAUUGUUUGGAAGCCCCAGUAUCGAGCAAGCCAAACCUGUCUUAUGGCAGUAAACCAGGCUAUUGUUGUCCAAAAUGGCUCAGCCCUUCACAGAUAUUACCAACUUUACACCCAAUAAUAACUGACUGUGACUACCUGGCAGACCAGUAUAUUACAGUGGCUGUAUGCUGUGCAGAUGGAGAUGAAUAUUAUGGGGAAAGUGUUUUAUCCCUGAGGUCAAAGUUCAGUAUUACUCCCCAGAGGUUUGAAGCAUGUUUGAUGCACCAAGGGGAGGAGACGGGGAGAAUCAAAGGCUACAUGCAUGUGAAGUCAGAUUCUAUGAGGACCUCUAACCCAGGAAGGAGAAGUUAUGAGCUUAUAUACAUGGACUUCCAAAUCAAGAGUGACCCAGAAGUCAUUGCUCCUCUUCCAACACUACAUGAGGGAAAUACCCACAAGUCUCUCAGUAAAUCCAUUUCCCAUGAGUCCUCACUGGGCCGGAGACCUCCUGUGCCAAGGCCAGGAUCAAUGACUUCAAAUGAGUUGUAUUCAACUCCCGACGAUUCUCCUCCAUCAAACAUAUCAAGACAGAAGAAUGACCUUGACAUUCAGUCUACACCACCAGUUCCAGAUCACGCAAAACCAGCCCCACCACCACGCAAACCACGCCUUGGACAAUCAAGUCUCAACCAAUCAAGUGUCUUUCCUGUGUCUUCACCUAGUGCUUCGCCAAAGUCAUCCCCGAGCGGACCAUUACCAAAAGUUCCACCCAGCGGGAAAAAAAUCGUCACAAGCCAAAGUUGUGAUUCAAUUACAGUAGUUAAAACUCCCGCUAAUUCAACAAUUUCUGAUUCAGUUUUGUACCAAGAUGUUCCCUCUGGGGUGCCUCUGUAUAAUGAUGCAGCAGAAGUUAUCCCAGAGAGUGCAGUUUAUUCAGAGGUUGCUGUGGAAACCAGACCCCAACCCUCAAACCCCUUGCCACCAACUCAAAGAAAGCCAACACAGGAAAAGAGUGAAGAGAUAGCAUCAUAUGAAACCCUAGAGGCCCCUGCGACUAUCAAUGAAUGGCUUUUGAACUUAGGAUUGCCCCAAUACAUCAAUAACUUCCUUCAAUCAGGCUGGGACCAGUUGCAAUUUUGCACAGGGAUAACAGCACAGGACUUGGUGCAGAUCAAAAUAUUCAAUUUAGAGCACAGGAAUCGCAUCUUGACAAGUUUGAAAGAAAUGUCAUUGAAUUCUACAUAAUGAUGAUGAAUUAAAGUAUUUAAGCACGUGGACCUACAUGUAUAGUGGGGACCAUGCAUGAAAACAAAUGUACACAAACAACAUUCAGUACCAUGUAAUAUUGAUGGAGCCAUGUAUUUGACUUAGACCAUGCAUAGUUUUACUGCAUUCUUAUUGUUUUUAGGCCUCGUAGAAAAAUCAAGGGCCAUUAGCCACCACUUAUUAGAUAUAAUAUUUAUAAACACGAAGGUUUUAUUUCCAAAAUCACUUUCAGAAAUUGCCAUGUUGAGGUCUUUAUUUUCCUAAACAUGCUGAAAAGGAAGCCCAUUCAAAUCGAAGAAAGUUGCAUUUUAUAAUUUGGGUCUGAACUCGCACUUAUAUCACACCCUACAAUGUAACCAUUCGAGCUAAAAUGAAAUAAUGAAUAAACAGGAAAACCUGUUCAAGUGGAACACAAUUGGAACCUUUAAAAGUGUUCCACUUGGGUGAUGUUUCAUUUAUAGAGGUUCAUUUAUCAGUUGGUCUCGGGACUCUGAAAAAUGUUCCACUAACAGAGGUGUUCCA